AGCAAAUGGGUUGCAGCAAAUGGCGAUAGACCUCUUUAGAUCUGCACGAGGACGAGUGUUUCCGUCUCUCAUAAGGAAGGGUUCGAAUUUAGUUGAUUUGUCGCAGGUCAACGUAGCAAGCAAGCUAAAUGACCCAAUUGCUCAUGCUGGUUUUCUCCUCUUGAGAUAGAGAACAAGCCCAGUCUUGCUAUUUGCUACCCGACGACACUGAGCUCACCUCUUUUUGAAUUAUCUUCCCCUUUCAGAGUCUUGCAGAUCGCAGCGCGACCAUGAUUGAUUCCAAUCCACCAUUCUUUGCCGCUUACGGGAGCCUCUUCCGCAGCCGACCGGCUGCUGGUAAUCAUGAGGCUGAGGCAGUGGAGGAAUGCGACCUCCCGAUCGUGGAUCUCAGCCGUCUUAGCGACGAGCUCCAGGCCGAGCAGUGCAAGCGAGAGAUCGUCACGGCCGCCUCGGCGUGGGGCUUCUUCCAGAUAGUGAACCAUGGCAUACCUAACGGUGUCCUGGAUAGACUGCGAGCGGAGCAGAUUAGAGCGUUCCGGCAGCCGUUCAAGAAGAAGGCCGACGAGAAGUUCCUCGGCUUCUUGGGCGACAGCUAUCGCUGGGGAGCGCCCACGGCGACCAGCCUGAAGCAGCUAUCGUGGUUGGAGGCGUACCAUAUUCCUCUCUCUUCCGCAACCCAUCCUGCCACGACUAGCACUUGCAGGUGUGUGAUAGAGGAACUCUCGUCGGCGAUGUCUCGGCUGGCGGAUCGACUGAUGGGUAUACUCGCCGAAGGAUUGGGAAGUGAUGGGAGCUACAUCAAGGAUAAUUGCAAGCGUAAUACGUGUUAUCUACGAUUAAACCGGUAUCCCCCGUGCCCGGUAGCAGGUGAGGUGUUUGGGUUGGUUCCCCAUACUGAUACUGAUUUCCUCACCGUGCUGUGCCAAGACGACGUGAUUGGGCUGCAGCUGAAGAAGGGUGGGAGAUGGAUCGCUGUUAGACCUAAUCCUGGCACGCUAAUCAUCAACGUCGGUGAUUUAUUCCAGGCGUGGAGCAAUGGACUGUACAAGAGUGUGGAACACAGGGUCAUGUCGAAUCCACACCUGGAGAGGUUCUCGGUGGCCUACUUCGUUUGCCCCUCGAAAGAAACCAUGAUCGAGAGCAGUGCACGGCCGGCCAUUUACAGGAAGUUCAGCUUCGGGGAAUACAGACAGCAAGUACAACAAGAUGUAACACUAUUAGGUUACAAAGUUGGGCUCACGAGGUUUCUUGCUUCAUGCAGGCGAAACAAACACACCAAUGCACAGUUCCCUCCGUAG